GUAGGCGGAUGUGACUUUUUGUUGUCAUAAUGGGCAGAGACCAUACAGGUGAAAGACUAUCUGAAUGUUUCUAAAGCACGAAAAGACAAUGGAUUUCCAAGACUAAGAUGGCGAGUAAAUAGCAGCUGGCUUUCUUAAAUCCACCGCACCCUAAGCUGAGGACACUGAUUUUUGUAGCCUGGGUGCUGGGUUACAUCGCCUUUCUGCUCUCCGUCAGGAGGAUGUGGACGGGGAAGUACGUCCGAAGUCCACUCGUCCGUUCGCUGUUUAUGGAUAUGGUGAGCGAAAGUGAAGCGGCCGCGACUGAGACACAUGAGUGGUACCAAUGCUGUCCUGACCUGCUUGGAGAAUCAGUGCAACCCCUGUUCGUCCAGAGCCACCUGGACUCAGGCACCAAGGCUUUUCUCAAGCGGAGCGUGGAGAAGUCUGGCUGGCUGUUCACCCAGCUCUACCACUCUUUUGUAUCAACAGUCCUCAGCCCUCUGGUCUCCCGCACUUCCAUCAAUGGGUUUCUGGGUCGUGGUUCUAUGUUCGUGUUUUCGGCGGAGCAGUUCCAGCGGGUGCUCCGGAUCGGCCCAGAGUGGAGAGCUGAGAGACUCCUGGACCUUGGAGCUGGGGAUGGAGGCGUCACAGAGGUGAUGGGAGCCCAUUUCAGAGAGGUCUAUGCAACUGAGGUCUCAUUACCCAUGAAAUGGCAUCUUCAGAGGAAGAAUUACAAACUGCUGGGUAUAGAUGAGUGGCAGCAUACUGGUUUUCAAUAUGAUGUGAUCAGCUGCCUGAACCUGCUGGACCGCUGUGACGAUCCUCUGCAUCUCCUGCGGGACAUCAGGCGAUCGCUAGUUCCCGGCACAGGGAGACUCAUCCUGGCCGCAGUGCUUCCCUUCCAGCCUUAUGUGGAAGUCGGAGGAAGAUGGCAGCGUCCCAAAGAACACCUAAAAAUAAAGGGGAAAACAUGGGAGGAGCAAGUAACCAACCUGUCCAAUGAGGUUUUCCAGAGGGCGGGGUUUGAGGUGGAGGCUGUGACCCGGUUGCCAUACCUCUGUGAAGGGGACAUGUAUAACGAUUACUACGUUCUCGAUGAUGCAGUUUUUGUUCUCAAGGCCUCAGAGGAUAGUUCAGAGUCUGCUCAUUGAAAACCAAAUGCACCGUGGGACUGACGGAGGCCCUUAUUUCGCUAACCUAACUUUAUCUCAGUAGGUCGCCCCUGGACGGAUUUUAGUGCAAAAUUUCAUAAGCUUCAUUCAUAAAACACAGUAUUUCUAAAUGGUUUAGAAAUGGUGAGUCAGGUGUGAAGCUCAGGUACUGUAGUUCCUCCAUUUACCAGCCAUCUUGUGUGACGGUGAUACCUCCUACUUUUUAAGCAAAAAAAUAACUGAACGGCAGUUUGCCUAUAUUGAAAAUCAAAAGACAUAUCACCAUGUUGUAGGUGUUCGUUCUAUAAAGUCUGUUAUUUGUGGGAAGUGUUUACUGAUAGUGUUUCAUCAUUCUGUAAUUACUGUAUAUAUCAGUGGAAAUAAUCAUGAAUUUUUGUUGAAUCUGUACUUGAAUUUUACAAUUUUUUUUUUUUGCAUUAUUUUCCCCCCACCCGUUUUGCGUCAAGUCCCCCCCCCCUACUGUGAUGUGAUUGGCUAUUACUUGUUACGUCAACGCGUCCUUGUGAUUGGAUGCUAGCUGUGAGCGCAGCUGUCCCCUAGGCUGAUCGAGAUCCUGGGUGCUCCAUCGCCUGUGACUCAUUGCGUUAAUUUUCUAGUUGGUCUUUAGUGCGAAAUUGGAAAGAUCUGAUUAGUUAAUUUACCACACUGGCACUAAUACUUCUGACCGGCCUACGUUCCGAUAAUAAGCAUAGUCUUUUCCCUAGGUAAAAUAACAAAUGUUAUUUAAACUGAAAUGCUUUAAGUAAUUUUGCCUAUUUCUUUUUUUUUUUUAUCGUGUAUAUAGUUCUCUAACCCUUUUGUUUUUCUUGAUGGCAACACAUGGCUCAAGAUUGAGUGUAAUAUGCUCAUCGAAUAAAGUUAUGGUUAUGAAUACAUGAUUUGCUGGGAAGCAAAUGUUAUAUGAACAAGGGGUUAAAUUGCGUAGAGUUAAAUUGAGUUGCCUCCCCUCUAAAUAUAUUUAUAUUUGUAUUAUUAUUAUUAUUACAUUAUCGUCAACGUCAGUAGUGUCAGUAGUGUUGCUAGCGGGACUUGCCUAAAAUUUGACAGAAAAAGCGGUGGAGCUAGCGUCCAAUCACGAGGUUGUAGCAAAGUAACGAGCUAGCCAAUAACAGCACAGUAGGGUGGGACUUGCAAAACGUGUGUGUGUGGGGUAGGGGGGGGGAAAUAACGCAAUUUUUUCAGUGUCUAAUGUAAAGGACCAGUGUAUGCACACACUUGAUUUAACCACUCUGAAUUGAACUUCUUGAAUAUUAAUGUUACUUUUUUUAACUUGUUAUUAGUGAUGAAUAUGAGGCCUUCCUAAACCAAGCCUAUGUAACUUACGUUAAACAGCGGCUACUGGGGCCACCUGGGGCCACAAGUGGCUAUUACCGAAUAAUGUUUAAAGCUGCAUUUAUUUUUUUUAUUUAUUUUUUUUUAAUAAAUGUUUUUGCUACUAGGGGGCUAGAGGGCACCGUAACUAGCUGAAAACACAAACUUGAUAUAUUAUCAAUACAAAACAACAAAGUUGUUAUUGCAAACAAUUUCAUAUUUACACAUACAGAAGCACAAACAACACUAGCAUUCAUCUGGAGUCGUGUUUCUGGCCACCUGGUCUCCGCCAACUCCUGAGAGAAAUAUCAGGCUCUUGAGCUGCUAGAAUUCUGCCCUACAUUCAUCAGUUAGUUGCUAACUUUAUCUGCCUGCUGUUUUUAGCUGAGACUGCUCCUUGCUGUGGCUGGAAAUGAGUCUUAUGAGAGUGAAGCGAUCCCGUACUGACAGUCUCCGUAGAGCUGGGGGGGGGACUGCAAAAUUGGGUGGUAAUUCCCAGUGAGUUUGUCACUAUGUUAAUGUGAAAAAUACUGAUUAGUGCAGCUUUAAUGCUAAAACAUGGUGUAACCAUAGCAUAAGUAGAAAAAAAAAAAAGCCAUAAAGAUGCCAAACUGACUCAGUGACGUGAGUUGCACAGCAGUAUCUAGCUGGAGUUUGCUCAUGUCAGCCACCAUAAGUAAGGCUGUAGCAGCAAAGCCCCUGAGUGUAUUGAAUUAAGCAAGAGUGCAUUUUAUUGCUUUUGAAUUCAACGUUUUAUUUGUAAGAGGAAGAUUGUGUUAUUUCUAGUUUCAAAAGUUACAUGCUUUACAUCAGUGCUGUGCACCUAGGAUGUUACUGCACAGCGGACUAUUCAAAAGGUGCCACAAUGAAUGCAAUAUUUGUAUUUAAAGAGUAAAAUGGGUUCCAAAAUAAAACAAUAUACAUUA